GGUUAGAGUUACAAAAUGGCGGCCUGGAGUGUGUGCGGCGCUGUUCCCCCGGCAGGCUCCGGCUGAGCGGACAAGUCUCCUCCUCGCUGCCGAACACAGAGACCAGGCCCCCAGGGGACAUGCUGUUUGGGACUCUGCGCUUACUGAUCCCCGAGUCCUUCGAGAAUCUCGGCGCUCCGGAAGCGGCCAGGCGCGCUCAGCCGGCGACCCGCAGCCGCUUGAGACUCGAGCGACGCGGCCUCGUCCUCGCACCUGCUCAUCGCCGCGCACCCACGCUUCGCCGCGCCCACCACCCAGCGAGUACUGCGGCGGCCGCCCCGGAGGUUCGAAAAAAUGGCCAAAAGAAUUGCCGAGAAGGAAUUGACAGAUAGGAACUGGGAUCAGGAAGACGAAGCAGAAGAGGUGGGAACAUUCUCAGUGGCCAGUGAGGAAGUCUUGAAGAAUAGAGCCAUAAAGAAAGCAAAGCGUAGAAAUGUUGGAUUUGAAUCUGACAAUACUGGAGGGGCUUUUAAGGGCUUUAAAGGUUUGGUGGCACCUUCUGGAGGGUUUUCUGGAUUUGGUGCUGGUGCUGGAGUGAGGCCUUUGGAAGGACUGCCGAAUGGAAACAGCAUCACGAGUGCCCCUGCCUUUUCCAGUGCAGGGAUCGCAACCGAGACCAAGGCCACCUUUGCAUCCAUUGCUGCCAAUGGCCCUACUUCCUUGGUCGAUAAAAAGAAUGCAAAUCCCCAAACUAACGGGGACAGCCAGCCGCCCUCGUCCUCUGGCCUGACCUCCAGGGCACCCCCCCGCCGGAACGCCUACCACAAGCAGCUGGCGGCCUUGAACUGCUCUGUCCGGGACUGGAUAGUGAAGCACGUGAAUGCCAACCCGCUCUGUGACCUGACACCUGUCUUUAAAGACUACGAGAAGUACUUGGCAGGUAUUGAGGAGGAAGGCGGCACUGGUGCCAGCGGCCCUGAGAGCGAGCCCAGCAAAGCGCCAGCUGCAGCUCAGCCUCCCUCCCUGUUCGGUUCAGUGAAGUUACAGCAAGAGUCAACAUUUUUGUUUCACGGUAACAAACCCGAGGGGACCUCUGAAAAGAUGGAGGCUGGACCUGACAAGAAAGUGGACGCCUCCCCAGGAACAGCAAGUGCCUCGUUCAAUUUCGGCAAGAAAAUUGAUAGUUCUGUUUUGGCUGCCUUGAACUCGGGCCCCGUGACUGGGUUUUCAUUUCCUUCAGGCAACUCCAGUUUAUUUGGCAAAGAUGGUCCUCAGAGUAAACCGGUUUCUUCACCGUUUUCCACUAAAACAUUGGAGAGCCAAGCAGGUGGCGGCAGUAAUGACUGCAAAGGUGGAGAUGAAGAAGAAAAUGAGGAGCCGCCCAAAGUGGUAGUUACUGAGGUCAAAGAAGAAGAUGCUUUCUACUCCAAAAAGUGUAAACUGUUUUACAAGAAAGACAACGAAUUUAAAGAGAAGGGUGUAGGCACUCUGCAUUUAAAACCCACGGUGAAUCAGAAGACACAGCUCUUAGUGCGGGCAGACACCAGUUUAGGCAACAUACUGCUGAAUGUGCUGAUCACACCCAACAUGCCGUGUAGCCGCACAGGGAAAAACAACGUGCUCGUUGUGUGCGUUCCAAACCCGCCCGUGGACGAGAAGAACGCCACCGUCCCGGUCACCAUGCUCAUUCGGGUGAAAACCAGCGAGGACGCAGACGAGUUGCACAGAGUGUUGCUGGAGAAGAAGGACGCCUGAACGCGCCUCCACACGCGCCGUUGCUGCUUCCCCACCUUGAACUUAGUUCUCUUCUGACUUGGACAUUCUAAGAACUUUUAGGGAACUGAAAACUUUUGCAAGGAAGAUGAAUAUGGCCAAUAAAACCUUUCAUGUUUAAGUGUCAAGAAACCCUCUUCUCCCCCUUCCUGAGAAGUGUCUAAUGUGUAAAAUACAUUUGAAAGAAAUUUUUAGAAAGAUUUUUAAUGUCCGUUUAUUAAACUGACCACAAGUGAUUUCUUAAUGGACUGAAAUCAGGGUAUCGAUUAGAUUUCCCAAAGGCUCCUCCCACCCUGGGGUUUGGCGAGGCCCCGCUGGCACCGGCCGGCCCACGGAAACGUGCCAGUGGCGUCUGUCCGGUGACCUGAGGACCGCUCUUUCCGAGUGUGCCACGUGGCCGCCGCCGUGCCAGAUGCUUCCUUGCUCGCUUGUAUCUGGUGUCACCUACAGCUGCGCAGUGAGUACGGACUGCACCUUCGGCGCGCGAGCCCUCACAUGCGGACGGGGGCCUGGCGCCCGGGAGCUGCUGUACUGGAAUUCGGGGAUGCUUUUCAUUUUAAAAGGAAACAAGUAGCUGGUUCUUUGGUUUCGUAGUUUUAUUCAUGAGGUGCUGUCACUUCUGUGUCCCCCUCAUGACAUGGGACCGGGGUGGGGAUUGCCGGAAAUGAGGUUUAAAAGCACAAAUUCGGUAGCUUAGUUUGUAAACUGUGGACAGUAAACCCCAUGAACCAGAAAGUUAAGUCAGAGUUAAACUAGCACAGAAGGAGCGAAUGUGCUUUGCGCCGUGGUGAGCCUGCGGAUCUAAAAACUACUUACUGCUUAAGUAAGUAACUGGUGUUUCUCACCCCUGAGCCAUGUGCGUGAGCCAGGAAACAUGCGCUCAGGUAGCAGAAGAGAAAAGGGGUUGCACGUGUUGUCCUUAACGUAGGCAGCAGAAAAUUCUGUUGCGAUCUGCAAUUUCCAUUUGCUUUUUUAAGAGAUUGUUCAGUAUGUCCAUUUGGAAGGGAGCCAUGGCUUGCCCAGGACUACCCGUGUCACUUCUCCACAGCUGGUAGCUAACACCAGCAUUCGAAGACUGGGCACGUGCACAGAUGGCGAUUUUCAUGUUUAAACAUCCGUUUUUCAUCCUUCAUGAAUCACCGUGCUGGUACUGGAUGACCUUGUUUAAAGGUUCACGGUCGGUGCCUGGGGGCUCAUGCUUGCAUCUUCUGUCUUCUGACUUAGGAGAGGCUUUGAAAUAAUUGUAGGUAGUGUAGUUGAUAUUUAAAAAAAAAACGACAAUUUUUAGAUGUAAAGCAGGUGGGGAGACUAUUACGAUCAAGUAUGUUAAUUACUUGAGGCCAGUGUUUAUCAUGAGACUCUUGUAUUGCUCUGUUUUGAUACCAGUGGAAGAAUUUGGCCUAGUGUGUGAUUUCAGAUAAGCACAGGCAAAGAGAGGUGUGCUUGCACUGCUAAGGGACAUGGUCAAAUGCAGCUUGUCGUGAGACUUAGGGAGAGAUGGCAGUUACUUUUGCAUUUUUUUAAAAUUGAGAUUAUUCAUGAACUUCUGUUAUAGAUGGUUUAUAAUAAGCAAGUGAUUGAUUUGGUUAGAGUAAUACAGCCCUGCCUUGUCCAUGUUAGGUUUAUCCAGCUGUAAGAAGGAUGAGGAAAUACAGGGGAACAAAUUGCAAUGUGACAGCCUAGCCACGUGCUCCCAUGGUCCCAGCGGAAUAGAAAUCUCACAGGCAUCUCGGGACACUGUCAGUGGCUUCUUCAUUUUUCAUUGGCUUUUGCAUGUGCAGUGGGACAUUCAGGGAAAGUGGCACGCAAAGAUCAUGAUUUAAUUACCUUUAACACCCCUGUAAAAAUAAGUUUACAUCUUUUUAAAUUAGUGGGUAUGUGUGGCUCUCUGUUUUCCUAACAUUCCCAGCAAAUCCUUGCUGCUAAAACUGUCACGUUAAAGUGAAAAUUACAGGGAAAAAUGUGAUGUGUAUAUACCAUAACUCAAAAUGUGAUUAUUUUCGUAAAAUCAUUCUUACUUUUAGGAACUUGUUGUCUCCAAUUAUGUAUUAGUAUAAAAGAGCCUAAGUAUACGUGGGUUUUACUGUAAACUCUCAAUCCUUGGAUGUUACUUGGGGGCAGGGGCCCCCUUGGCUCCUGGAGGGCUUACCUUCUCUUCCCCAGUAUAGCAAUAGCUAAACCCUACUACCCCAUGGGUUUAGUUUAUUUUUAUCAAAUUAGUAGAAAUUAGGGUUUAAAAUGUGUCAUGUGGACUUAAAUUUUCAUUUUUAGUUUAUGAAUCUAUAAAGUGUAUCACACGUGGCCUGUCAUGAGGUGUGUACAGCUUUCAUUCUCUAUCAGGUAGUGGUGCAUCUGGACAAACACUGAGUGUCCCUGUGGCCUUUUUUCAAACCGGCGGGUCGUGCCAUCCUUUUGAGCGUUCCCAGUGGGCAAAAAAAAAAGCCUGUAGCGCCGUCUUCAUUAUUAGAAUUACAGACUGGAAAUGUGUCCAGUUUUUAAAGAAGUUUAGUUUGUGUUUCCCAUGGAAGGCCAAGGCUGCUUAUGGACUGAUUUUCUUUAAAUUGUUUGACCAUUUCGAUUCUAACUCAUAUUUUUGAUAUGCCGCAUGCCAAAAAUACCUACCUAAUGCUCGAGUUCAGAAAAGCUUUCACUGAGAACGCCAUUUUGGUUUCGUUUGAAAGGUAAAUGAGGUGUUUUAUUUUUGAGCAUUUGUCAGUUGCUCCAGUUCAGAAGAGUCCCGUGUAAGUAAGUACACUGCACUUGGAGGCUUUGUCAGCCAAAGGGUGUGUCCCACCCCCAAGGACCCAUCCUCAUUCCGGAAGUGAGACCGCAGGAGAGGCGGUAGGUGACGGGCGCCCCGAAACUGGCCGUCUGUCCAGCACUUGGUUGUGUGAACUUGGCCAGUGGCGGUCAUGGGAAAGACUGAGGACUCCUUUGGAUGCAGCAGAGAUGUAAAACUUCUUAGCAAUCAAGUGGAUACAUUGUUUGCUUUCUAUUUUAAAUAGGAAAUUGCUUUUAAAACUUAAAUACUUGAAUUGUCAGACAAUGUAAUCUCAGUUUGUAUUCGUUUUUGAAUGAUCCCAUUGAGGAAAUGUAACAAUCCACGAAAUGUGAAUAAAUGGAAAGUAA